AAAGAACCCUAUCAACACGACCACGACUACACCCCAUACCAAACACAUACACACCUUCAUUCUCCCUUACACGAAUCCCGACUGAAUCUGCACCCUACCACCCACCCAUCGAACCGCACACCCACCGAACAGCAAAAAUGGUCCGCGCGCUCAAGCACCACGAAAAAAAACUCCUGCGGAAGGUCGACUUCCACACGUACAAGACAGACAACAACCACCGGGAGUCGACGAUCCGCACGCGCUACCACCUACAGGACCCGCUUGACUACCGCAAGUACAACAACCUGUGCGGCUCGCUGCGGCAGCUGGCGCACAAGCUGGCGGAGCUGGACCCCGCGGACCCCGUGCGCCGCAAGCUCGAGGCCGACAUGCUGGACAAGCUGUGGCGCAUGGGCAUCCUGAAGCAGAGCCGCGAGCAGGGCGCCGGCUUGUCGCGCGUCGAGCGCGAGGUCACCGUCUCGGCGUUCUGUCGGCGGCGGUUGGGGGUGUUUAUGGCGCGGAGUGGGAUGGUGGAGAAUGUUGUUGCUGCAUGCACAUUCAUUGAACAAGGGCACGUCCGCGUCGGCACCGAAGUCGUCACCGACCCCGCAUACCUCAUCACCCGCAACAUGGAGGACUUCGUGACCUGGGUGGACAGCAGCAAGAUCAAGAGGACGAUCAUGAACUACCGGAACAAGAUGGAUGACUUUGAUUUGUUGUGAUACCCGCGUGCGAUCAUGGUGUUUGGCGUUAAUUUCUACAAAAACUGAUUGAUUGGGAGGUCAGUGCAUAUAAAGUUCG